CAGUAAAGCUUUUUAGCUUUUAGAAGCUGAAAGUGAAGUUGCGAUCCCGGAUUCGAACAUCUGAUUGUAGACACUAAGCUGGUCUAACAAACUUCCUUUUUUCCUUCUUUCCACCUUGUUGUUCGAUAAUUUAACUUUAUACCAUUCUUUUUGGCAGUGUCCUAAUCGUAGGUACUCAGAAUUCCAUUCUCUAAAGUCAAUUCUAGGUGCUUGCUGGUCAGCAUCGUGUCCUCAACUAUCCGCAAUCAUGAACCAACCUCGGCCAACGACGCGCGAAUCGUGGGUUUCGUCCAUAUCCGUCGACCUCUUCCUCAAAGUCCUCAACGUUACCUUAUUACAUCCAUUCGUAGCAUGGAUUAUACCGCUAUGCUUCCGCGCCGAACACCAAGACUAUACUACGAGGCCGAUGAUAGUUAGUAUUACGUGGGCGAUAUUCGUUACGCUGCUAUGGAUGGGAAAUGUCAUGAGCCACAAGAUCGCAUAUGGGAUACACCGAGAGGUAGACUUGACUGAAGAGGUCAUUGUGAUAACAGGUGGAGCUAGUGGGCUUGGCCUGUUGAUCGCUGAAGUGUAUGGUAUGAGAGGUGCUACGGUCGCUGUUCUGGACAUUGCCGAUCUAGAGAGUACCGAUGCCCGCGGCAUUACAUAUUACAAGUGCGAUGUGACAGACAAGGCCCAGAUUGCGAGAGUUGCACAAGAGAUAGAGCGCGAUCUUGGAACACCUACCGUCCUAAUCAACAAUGCCGCCAUUGUUGUUGGCAAGAAGCUGCUCGAUAUGGAUGUAGAAGAAGUUGAGAGGAGCCUCACAACUAACCUCUUGUCGCACUUCUAUACUAUCAAGCAGUUUCUUCCGGGUAUGAUUCGUAACGAUACUGGUGGCACUAUUGUAACUCUAUCAAGUGUUAUUGGCCACCUCGGUGCUGCUCAGCUAGCCGACUACGCUGCCGCCAAGGCCGGAGUAACAGCUCUACACAAGUCUCUCGCCGCCGAAUUACAAGAGUACCCGGAGAUUAAGACCAUACUUGUUACGCCCGGUCAACUCAGCACGCCACUUUUCUAUGGCGUCAAAACUCCGAACCCCUUCAUUGCCCCAGUGGUCGAACCGAUAGAGGUGGCCAAGGAGAUCAUCAAGGCCAUUGAUCUUGGCCUGAGUGAUCACAUUGGCACCCCUCUAUACGCACGCUGGGUGGAUUGGUACAAUGUGUUGCCUGUGGGUGUUCAGAAGAUCGCCCGAAAACUUUCGGGCAUAGACACUGGUAUGAAGACGUUUGUCGGCCGCAAGGGAACCGAAUUGAGCGAAAAGAACGGAAGCUUGAUCUAGCUGGGUUUGGUUGAGGAGAUCUAGUUAAUGGAAGGCUAUUUACGAUUAAAUACCGCACGCAGACGGCCGAAUGCUGGCGUUCGCGAAUCUGUUAAGAUAUAGUGAUGGGUGUAAUGUAUAAAAAUACCUCUAGGUAUGUGCGGUGUAGUAAAACAAGUGGCACGCUUCAGCAAGACUUACGAAUAUCUUGAUGUGUUUGAGGCUAUGCACAAAUCUUGGAUAAACUGUUGUGUAACUUGUCUGCUAGCCUGCUGUUCGACAUUAUUCGUAUCGCAUCCAGCCACCUGAGAACCGUGCCCUGUCUUGAUCAGGUGAAGGC